AUGGAUACCUUCAGUACACCAAAAGGAAUAGACCCUAGACUAAACCUCCUCCGUACUCCCACUGGCUCAACACCAGUGAACCCAUCGACCCCAAAUCCAGACAACACACAAAGUCAAACCGUCAUGGGUGAGUCACAGACACGUCACCGUCUAGAAGAACUCGAGAACUCCGAUGAGGAGGUCUUGAACACCACUACAUUGUCCGCACGACGCAAGGGAAAGCGUCCUGUCUCCAGAAGAUAUACCAUCGAACCCAGUUUAGAUCACACCGGAGUGCAACUCACGGAUAUCACCGAAGAAGAGUCCACUGCAAUCUUUGUAUCCAUCGCCAAUUCGCAGGAUUUUGUGGAAAGCGCUAUCGAUACUCCUGAUGCUUGGUGUGAUGGAUUGAAGACUCUAGUAGAGAGCUUUCGAACUGCUAGUCGCAAUAUUGAGCUAAGUAAUAGUAAUGGCCAAUUAUCCCACGAGCGAGAAAUCAAUGAUAGACUCCGAGGUUUGCGUGAUAGGUAUCGCAUUGACACCACGGAACUCACCAAAGAAAAUGAGAAACUUAAGCAAGACUUAAAGCGUAAAGAGCAACAGCUGAAGGAGCAACAACCUCACACAUUAGCUAAUUUGGAAAACUCCGAUGAGGAAGACGUGGAGGUCACACCUAUACCUCGUCAGCCGAGUAUUCCUGUCAGCAGCAUCCAUCGAAACUUACGCUACACCCCUGUCACGGAUCGCGUAGAGGGUAUAGAAUUGAAUAAACGAUACCUUGACGUCUCGGAUUUUUAUGGUACUAAUAAUCGAACCAAGUGGGACAGCUGGCGUUAA